CUGAGCUGCCAACAAACCCCAACAAGAAACCAACGAACACGAAUCCGACGCCCCCUCGGCCAAUCUCUCUACAUAUAAAAGGCGGCUCUUCUUACAACGUCUCGCCCUCCCCUCACCCAAGCGCUCUCUCUCUCUCUCUCUAAACCCUCAGAUCCCUCUCCCUCCCCAUUUCCAACAAUGGCGUCCGCGGCUGCCGGAGCUUCGAUCUGCAUGAAGUCCGCCUCCUGCUCCCUCAAGCAGGCUCAGGCACCGAGCAGAAUUUCUGGCCUGAGAUCAGUCUCACUACCUAUCAGUGGGAAAAACUUCCCAUCUCUUAGGUCAUCCAAGGGGCCAUUCCGCCUCCAGGUCUGCUGUGCGGCCAAACCAGAGACAGUGAGCAAGGUCUGUGACAUAGUAAAGAAGCAAUUGGCCUUACCAGAUGACACUGAGGUUACAGGAGAGUCCAAAUUCGCCGCUCUUGGAGCGGACUCCUUGGACACGGUGGAGAUUGUGAUGGGACUGGAGGAGGAGUUCAAGAUCAGUGUGGAGGAAGAAAGCGCCCAGAGCAUCCUCACCGUCCAGGAUGCUGCUGAUCUCAUCGAGAAGCUGAUUGAGAAGAAGGGCCCUUGAUAAGGAGGGGAAGUUGAGUUGUUACCUAGAGAGGGCUCGGUGAACUGGUCCUCUAUUAUAUAUUAUUAUCUAUAUAAUUAUGCAGCAAAGUUUUCUUGGUCAGUCAUGCUUGCUUGCUCGUCAUUGAGCUGCUUCGCUUAGGUCUCCAUAUGUGAAUUGAUGGGCUUGCGAGGAGUUUUGUGGGUUCCCUUUUUUCUUUUCUCCAACAAUUAUGAGCCUUAGUUAAACUUUAUUUUUAUGUCCUUGUUUUUUUCCCCUUUUGUUUCCCCCCUUCCCGGUGAACACUUUUAUUAAUGUCGGAUGUGUUUGGUUUCAAA